UCUCCAUUUUCCUCGGAAAAUGUGCAGAAAAAACAAAAGCAUUUCUUCCUUUGUCAUCACUCCUCCAAAACAUGGCUUUUGGAAAUGAUCAGGGAAUGUUGCGUGCCUUUUGAUAUAAAGGCUGUAAUAAUGACAUGUUUUUCUUGCUUCUCGACUCGAAGGAGAGCAGCAAAGAGGUACACAGAAAAGAAAAAAGGAGCAUUCCCUCCAUCCAUUCCCCAUCAAGACCCAUCUCCACAGUCACACCGUAAUUCUAGCUCCCAACAGCCAUCCAAUGAAAAUCCAAGAAAGACAGCAGUAGAAGCUACAACUAACAAGACAACUACAAGCAGCGAAGGAAGAGAGAAGAACAAUGUUGCAGGAGAUAGCAACAAUAUUGCAGCUCAAACUUUCACUUUUAGGGAGUUGGCUGCAGCCACAAAAAAUUUUAGGCAAGAAUAUUUGCUUGGUGAAGGUGGAUUUGGUCGUGUUUACAAAGGUCGUCUCGACAAAACUGAUCAGUUGGUAGCAGUUAAGCAACUUGAUCGUAAUGGGCUGCAAGGGAACCGGGAGUUUCUUGUUGAGGUUCUAAUGUUGAGCUUUUUACACCAUCAGAAUCUGGUGAACCUAAUUGGCUAUUGUGCGGAUGGCGAACAGAGACUUCUGGUGUAUGAAUAUAUGCAGUUGGGAUCUCUGGAAGACCAUCUUCUUGACCUACCCCCUAAUCGGUCACCACUACCUUGGUUCACAAGGAUGAAAAUCGCAUUACAAGCUGCCAAAGGUCUGGAGUAUUUGCAUGAUAAGGCAAACCCUCCUGUGAUCUACCGCGACCUGAAAUCAUCCAACAUCUUGUUGGACAAAGACUACAACACCAAGUUGUCUGAUUUUGGGCUCGCCAAGCUUGGACCUAUUGGAGAUAAGACUCAUAUAUCUACAAGGGUUAUGGGAACAUAUGGCUAUUGUGCUCCUGAGUAUCAACGCACAGGUCAGCUCACCGUCAAAUCAGAUGUAUAUAGCUUCGGUGUUGUUCUUUUGGAAUUAAUCACAGGAAAAAGAGCCAUUGACAGCAGAAGGGGUCCCGAGCAACAAAAUCUUGUGACAUGGGCUGAAGCCAUUUUCAUGGAGCCGGGUAGAUUCUCGGAACUGACAGAUCCACUACUUAGAGGUGACUUCCCCAAGAAAAGCUUCAACCAAGCAGUUGCAAUAUCAGCCAUGUGUCUUCAAGAAGAUGAAACUAUCCGCCCUUUGAUCAGUGAUGUAGUGACUGCGCUCGGUUGCCUUCCUUUGCAAGGGGAUGAGGGAUACUCCCGCCCUAUUUCUCCCCCCUCACCCCAUUUGACUAAUGAAAUCACGUCUAAAGAACGCGACAGAGCAGUUGCCGAAGCCAUAGCAUGGGGCUCCAAGUCUAGACAUAAUUGCGAAAAUUAGUCUUAUCAAGGUGAUAAGGGUAUCCGCUCAAGCAUGAUCAAAUAGAUUAGGCAUUUGCCAUGUCAGAAUUUUAA